CUGACACGCCCCCAUCAUGAUGGUGAUGCAUUCAUGACGGGUAUUCCCUAUUACUGAUUCCCCAUUGCCGAUGAAGAUGGCUAUGAGAUCAGCUAAUCAAUCGUACUUCUGGUCACCGUUCACUGCCAGGCAGUGCCAGCCCAUCCCGAUAAGAGUCCCAUACAAUCAGGGCAUCGUCUCGGGAGAAAACUUAUUCAACACGCUGCGUAGGUCGAAAAGAAGAAGGAUGCAUAUAGUUUCUGAGUUGAAAAUGGAUAUGGACCCUGGUCGGUUUGGUGACACUGUCAUACAGAAAACAGCGCUGAAAAAUCACGAGGACCCAGCGCUAUAUAUGCCACCUAUUGACGUCUCGGUGACAUUGCCUUCUUUCCUCUCUCGCAGUUGCACAUCGUGACUUAACGUACACGAGGCUUCGGACUGCUAGU